AUGGCUACAGAUAUUUCGAUUUCCUGUGCUCAGAAAGUCAACACAUGUGACUUUUGUGACAACCCUAUCCAGCAUUUUUGCAACAGGUGUCAAGUCAGUUUAUGUGAAGAUUGUAUUAACAAACAUGUAAGGAAACAGAAAUCAUUAACCCAUGAAAUCGCUUCUUUCAAGGAGGGAAUUAUACAGAUAAUUUUUUCAGAGUGCAGGUUUCACCCUAACUGGAGAUGUGAGGCCCACUGCCAGCAGUGUGAUGUCCCUGUGUGCAUGAUGUGUGUCAUCACUUCCCAUAAUGGACACAAGGUGGGAGAUAUAACAAACAUAUUCAAUGAAAAGAAAAAGAAAAUCCAGGAGGAAAUUCACGAAAUCGAAUCUAGUAUUCUCCCGAGAUCCACGAAGAAAAAUGAAGAUACAGAAACAGGGAUAACCAAUUUUAUGAAUAAAUAUGCUGAACUUGAGAAAGAAACAGAGAAACAAAGACAAGUUUGGCACCAAGAAGUGGACAUCAUCUUCAAUAAACUGAGUUCUAUGAACCAAUCCAUGAAGGAUGACCACAUGGCCGUACUGAAAUUACGCCAAACCAAACUCAACAACCUGAUUGCAGACAUGAUCGAAACAGUUGAUCAAAACAAGAAGAUGCUGAAGUCCAAUGAAGUGUCUCAAGUCAACAACUUCAAACCGAAAGUGAAAGAGUACAGAGACAUUCCUGAAGUCACUGACGUUUUCAUUCCUUUAUUGAGAACCAACACAGUUCAAGGGAGAGAACUCAGUAUUGAGCUAGGUGAAUGGAAGGCUACACUGGCACAGACAUCUACGAAAGAGUUAUUAGACAAAGCCAAAGUUGUUGCCACAUUUUCUACUGGAAUUAAACCACUAUUUAGAGUAGUUUGUGUUGGAGCUGAUAAAUCUUGGGUAAGUGAAAAAGGAAGAACCAUAAGAUGUGUUGACAUGCAUGGAUCUGUACAUGAUACUGUUACACCAACAUUAAACUCUUCUGAUGAUAGCCCAAAACCUAAAGAGGAAGAACUGAUAUGUAUAUCAGUGAACAGAAAGGGAGAACUCAUGUACAGUGAUUAUAACAAUAGAACUGUUAACAUUUACAGACAUGGAAGGUCAGAGUUAAUGAUCACAACACCAAAUGACUGGAAACCAGCAGGACUGAGCAGUACUAAAUCAGGCGACAUACUGGUUAAUCUGUAUAAUGGAGAUCAAAAUAAGAUUGUCCGUUAUCAGGGACAGAAAGUGAAACAGAAAAUAUUUAAAGAUGAGUAUGAAAAACCAAUCUAUGGAAGCGGUGACUAUAUGCUGUUUGUAGCAGAGAACAACAAUGAAGAUAUCUGUGUCUCUGAUCGUAAUGCGGACACAGUGGUAGUGGUGGACAAAACAGGAAGAGUUCGAUUCCGAUUCGAUGGUACACCAGCCAAAAGUAAGGAAGCAUUUGAUCCUAAUGAGCUAGUGACGGACUCAUUGAGUCAGAUCAUUGUGACAGAUUGGAAAAAUAACUGUCUACAUAUUCUGGAUCAAGAUGGCCAGUUCCUGAGAUGUGUGGAUAAUUGUGAUUUAUGCAAGCCUCGUGGACUGAGUUUGGACAAUGAGGGGAGGUUGUGGAAAAAGAACAAGAAGAGAUUGGGUGAAGACUUCAGCGAACUACUUAAUCGACCAUCACCUGAUGAAACAGCUGUCAUACCAGAAGCCACGGAGGAUCUGGACAUCAACACUGACCCACUGACCAAGGAUGAGAUAAUUGAUGCAAUCAAGACCCUUAAGAACGAUCUCAAAGAAAAGAGAUCUGAGCGAUUGCAACAACUGAGGAGAAUCACUCCUUUGCCAAGUAAGAUCCUGGCCAAGAUAAUCAUUGAAAGAAUGUCAAAUGCUGUAGACGCUGUACUGAGGAAGGAUCAAGCAAGAUACAUCGAGAUAGCCUUUGGAACAUCCUACGUCAUUAUGGAAUUCCACCCAAGCUGGUCCAUCAGAUCAAGAGCUUCUACAGCAGCUUCAGAUGCUCAGUAA